UUAGGUAAUGAUACCAAGGAUUCUUUUUGUAACUUGGCUCUCGUCGUUUGAAGCCCGUCUGGUCGUUAGCGGUGGAGAAUGUGGUUUCCGCCCGAAGAGGGCGCAGAACUUUUCGACUUUGAGCUUGAACCAGGAGGAGGUGACGAAUGGGGAUAUAGCGACCACAACGAAGAGCUAAGACGAGUAAUUCUAUAUUUAGUGCGCGAAAAAAAUUCUAUGCUGGUGAAACUCCGUGGACUAUGUGCCUUGCGAGGUAUUUUACAAAGCCUUUGCACAGAGCCUAACCGCGAACACGCAAUCUUCUUUGAAGGCGCUGGUGAAAUAUGUGCUGAGGAUUCUCUUGUUUUGAACGCGGACGCCGGCCUUCAGCUUCCGACUCGGAAAGCUCACAGAAGUGAAAAAUUGCACUGCGAUGAGAAAUCGGUGACUUUCAAGCACGACAACACGAAUUAUGUUUAUGGAAAUACAGACAGUUCGACGAAUACAGAUUUGAUCACAAACCUACUACAAGCUAAUAAAGAACUUCAAAAGCAAGUCGGGUUAUUGGAAGAAGUAACUCGUGAUCAAGAACCAAACGGAAACUGUUGUGAAAGGUGCUCAACACUUUUCAGAUCUCAGCUUGUGCAGUACAUAUCCAAGACAAAAAAGCUAGAGAGGGCCCUGAGAGCAAAAGAUGUCCUUUGUUCUGCACUAGCGGAAAAACUAGAUGUUAUGAAGGACGAAAAAACCUCAAGGUCAAUUGGGAGAACAAACAUGAACAACAGCAAGACAAAUGGGGGAGAUUGCUCUCAGCUAAAGGACGAAUGCAAUGGUUGCAGCUGCUCUCAUGACCAAACUGCAGAACCCUCUCGAAAUCAAACAAGGAAUUUUCAAAAUGAAGGAACCAAGGAUAAAUCAGAUCAGUCUGUGGCAAAUGGUUGUGUUGUUUGUUCAAGUGAUGGGCAAGUGGUUUUGAAGACCAAGUUUGAGAACAUGGAAAAAGAAAUGAGUCAAGUUACAGAGAAAAUGAAUCAAGUUUACUCUGAGAAACUACAACUGGAAAAACGCUUGAAGGAAUUGCAAGAAAGUCGCGAGAAAGAUGAAAACGAGUUGCGUGGUGAAAUAAACCAACUGCAACAAGAGAAAAGGCAGCUACAGGAAACAGUUGUACAAUAUCAGGCAAAUGAACAGAAGCAGAAACACGAAUAUGACCAAUUACUGUACCGAGCUCAGGAAAUGCAGGAAAUCCUUGAGAGAGAAACACAAGAAAAGUUCGCUUCUAUUGCUGAACAGAAAUCUUUGAGGCAGCAGGUCGAGAAUCUGUCUAAAAACAUGAAAUCAUUGCAAGUUAAAAGCGAAGAAUUUGUCCGAUUUCACUGCGAUCAGGAGGAUCAGAUUGACGACUUCAAGAGACUGAAGAAACAUAUUCAUGACAACGGUUUGCCUAGCAUCGAACAGUUAAUUGCUCUUCAGAGACAGAACGAAACAUACCGUGAAGAAUUUUUGAACGAAAGGAAAGAGAAAGAGCGUGCCUUGUCUCUAAAAGACAAAUUGAAGAGGGACCUGGAAAACUAUCAGUCUCGUAUCUCUUCCCUUCAGGAGCAGGUCUACAAAUACCGAGAGCACAUCUACUUCUUGCAGCAGAAAUUCAAGCAAGAAGGAACUGGUAGCCAACCCGUUUCUCCUAUGUUCGACAUGCCGGGGCCUUCUCAGGGGAAUAAUCUUAGCAGACUGUAUGGUAGCACUGCUACACAGUACAUUAAUGAGAUGUUGCUGCAGGGUAACACCCCACCGAAGUUCCCUGCGUCACCGAUUCCGGAUGGGAAGAAGCCUUUGGUAGGAAAGCAUAGCGAUGGAUCCGGAAAACCGUGGCAGUUCCAGCAGGGUAAUUAUGGUCGAUACGGCCGUCAGAUGUCGGCUGAGGAGUGGAAGUCCCGCGUUCCAAAUCAAGGUCAAACUUGGGACACAUUCCAAUAUGGCUCAAACCAGUCCCCCGGUAGGCUAUCCUCUGCUGGCAGUUUGUCCUCUGUACGCUCCGGUUCCUCUUCGUCAGAAGAAGUUCCAGUCGAAGCUCAGAUAGACGGUAGGACAGCGUUUGGUAUGGGAGGAGUGGGUGGCCGAAGACAAGGCCCUCGACCCACGGGACUACCCGAUAGAGCAUUGGAUGAGACACGUGGAAUGCAACAGAAUUAUGGAGCCCCAUCUUCGUCUUUUGAGGCGUGGUCACCAAAGCCCCAAGGUUAUGCAAUAAGAGGUCAGCGGCGCUACUCAUCUCCCACGGGUAGUGGCGUGCGCUCACCAACCACUGAUUACUGGUCGUCCCCGCAACAUAUGGGGGGGUUCCAACGCUCUUGGCAGUCGCCAGCUGAGCAUGUACAGUAUUCAGAUUCGACGCAGGCCCCUAUGUCUUCUGGGUUGAGGCCAACCGCAGAACCCUGGCCACCAGCGGUCACUACGGUACCCAGUAGCAGUCAUGCGCAGUCGACGUUGACAACUAGCAAUCAAGGAGAUACAAUGACCUUUAUGUCAGGUGGGAUGGGUAUGCGGUAAGACGAGUUAGGAAAUGCAUCACGCGCCGUUAAGUCAUCUUCUACAGUAGAAUCAGUUAACUAGCUCUACAGUCUGAAAUUGGCUGCCUUACUUAACUAUACCCCACUGAAGUGAAGCGGCGUUGCGAAGACGAAGCAGAUUUUUAGGGAAAAUGUAGUCUUAGUAAAGGAAAUUUUCUUUAUUUUGCACCCAUGUUUGGGAUGAGUGGUUCGUAGAAUUAUCAUGGUACGGUGUUUGGUAAUGAGGUAGCUGAGGUAGCAAUUUAGUUAUCUUACACAAUGGAACGCCAGAAAGAGCGAGCAGGGGAGCAAGUGCGUAAUGACCGGCGUGUGCGCUAGUUAGAGAAACGGCUUCAUUUUCAUUUGCCGAUCGAGGCACGCUCGCUUGUUUUGUUGUUUUGCGUUUUUCCACUUACCGAGAGGCUUAAACGAACUUAGACGAUACUUAAUGAAUAAGGGAAAAUAAGUUUGGUUUUAAACAAAGCCAAAUGAAUUGUCGAUUGAAAUAGCUAGCAUCUUCUCCUUCGAAUGGACGACGCUUAUUGAAACGAGUUCUUUUGCAAUUUGAAUAACCUUUUACGAAGGUUGCGAAGUAAGUACGAUUGUAAAUAAGAAAUGUUUUGUUGCAUUAUCUAAUAUGCUCAAAAAUGAAAAUUGAUUUGUUCACCAUUACGCUUAUUUAGACAAAUUGACCAGAAAUAAUUCUAGCGAGGUUUGUAAAUAGGAAAGUUCUAGCCUCUCUAUUGCACGUUUUGUUGUACUUAGUUUGCGCUCGACUGAAUUUCUAAUCAAUUGCUGAUAAUUUAAUUGCGAACAGUAUUUACGUUAAAUAUUUAGUGAAAUGAAAAUCAUAUUCAAAUAUCGUUAUUCGUAAAGAGAUUUAUUUUUCCUUUGCUUGAACAUAGUGGAUAUACUUAUUUAUCACAAGGAUGAAAAAGCCAAACUAUUUGUUGAAAUUUCUUUGGAAGUAUAUGAAGUGUUAAAAUUAGAUAAACCAACAUCAGUCUAUUUAACAAGAUGAAAUUAGUCUAAUGUAGAUAGAAGACAAAGAUUUUUUGUGGAAUUCGUUAAAAACACUGAUAGUUUUUUUACUAUUUUACAAAAGAAUUAAGGGAUUCAUAAGAUUUAUUUAGGUAUGCAUACUUAAUGCUCCCCAAUAUUUGGGGGAACGAGAAAUGGAACUAAGGCGCACGGAUCAAUAGAGCCCUUUUACACUUUUUCGAUGUGUUCGCAGGGUGAAGUACAAACGGCGUUACAUUACGAAAUUUGGUGAGUUGAGGAGAGUUUUAAAAUGAACAUAGUUCCAAAAUAACAUCUUACAAAUGUUAAAAAAAAAAGAGAAAAAAAAAUGGUUGGAACUUCUAGUGGGUUAGCGGCGGGAAUCGAUAGUAGUUUUCUGAAGGGAAACAGAUUCAGUAUUAUUCAUAUUGGCUUCACAGCGUCAUA